CAUCUAUCUUUGGAUAAUUAGAAAAAAAAACUUGCUCAAAACUUGCUUGUGAACAAGAGUAUUCAAUUAUAGGUUUAUCGGAAGAAGAGAUAUGACUUUCUUACAAGCAUUACGCAAACACAUAAGCUCAGAAAGUUGCUCAUAUAUCACAAUAUUUAGUCAUAGUUUUAUUGAUAAGUAGUAAUUAUUAAAAUCAGUUAGAACUACUUAUAAAAUAAUGAUUCCCUCCUAUCAAUCAACUGUCACAUGUAAGAGUUGUAAAGGCGGCGUUUGUAAUAACAACUGUGAAGCUAUGGAUUUCGACGAUUCAAAAGAAACUGAAACAGCUACCAGACAACUAGAACAUUUAAACAAGGAAUUCUAUAUGGAAGAUUUUCAUCUUAAACAUGGUGAAUAUUUACCUGAUGUGCAAAACUGUAUUGAAAUUGAAUCCACAAAUAUAAUUCCAGAGCACGAUGACGAAGAAUUUGAAAUUUCUGACAACAAUCAACCAAAUAUAAGUGCCAUACAAGAAAAACAUAACCAUACUCUGGAAAGUACCCAUGGCGACAGCGAAUAUAGUUACGAAGUUUAUGACGAAGUUAUCAUUAAUUCUGAUAAAACAGAGGAAAGUUUAAAACUUAAAGAAAAUGGAUAUACUAAUGACACAGAUAAUUUAAUUAACCGACAUUUUGAAAAUAGUAUUAAUCACACAGAGGAUAAUUCUCAUGACGAAGAUUAUACGUUAACUAACGGCCAUAUAGAUGAACUGGCAAAUACUCAAAAUGAUAUUGAUAUGCGCAUACUUGAAAAAUCAAAUUUUUAUAGAAACAACUUUGUCAUUGACAUAAAAAAUAACAACGACAAUGUAAAUCUUGUGCCCUUAAAUGUAAACUUAAAUACACUAGGUUUAGUUAAUAUCAAAGGCCUGUCAAAUAUUAACAUUAUCACUGUUAACGAUUUCGCGCUUCAAAAUGAUGGCGCGCAAUGCAAUAGCUCUGAAGAAUCAAUUGAUUUAGCAGGAAUGGAGUAUGAUGAUCCGGAAACGUCACUAAAAGGACAACCUACAACAACGCUGCUGAGUCCAAGAAGCGAGAGCGAAAUUGAACAAAAUGAAACUGAUUUGACAAGUCUAAAUUGGUUGCAUAAUAUUACAAAUAUAAUGUCAGUACCAAAUUUGCCAACACCACCUGUAUCACCAAAACUGAAGCUAAAAUCUAAAAAUAGCAUCAAUGGAAAUGAUUUGAAAAAUGUUCCUCCUAGAUCUGCCGACUUGACAAUAGACAUAACCUUCUACAAGAAAAACGGUGACAAGAAACCUCCAUUCUCUUAUGCUACUCUAAUUUGUAUGGCAAUGGGUAAAAAUGGGAACAAAAUGACAUUAAAUGCAAUAUAUCAUUGGAUUAGGGAAAACUUUCUGUAUUAUCGAAAGGCUCAUCCUAGUUGGCAGAAUUCAAUUAGGCAUAAUUUGUCAUUGAACAAAUGUUUUAUUAAACAAGCCCGAUCAAAAAACGAGCCGGGAAAAGGUGGCUUCUGGAGAUUGGACUUAGAGAGAUUAGAGGAAUCUAGAAGAUCCAAAAGAAGAUCUAGCUUAACAGUCAGAACGCCAAAAAACGGCCAAAAUAUGAAUCUGAAAAAGACACAUAAGAAACCGAAAAGGUAUAGGCCAAAUGCUACCCCAGGGGAACGGAAGCAUAACAUUCUUUCAAAUAUCUCGAUUUGUGGGGCUACAGAUAUCGAGAAUGUCGAAGAAGCGGCAAGGGCAAGUUUGAAAAGCAAAAAGUUCAGUCAAUACACGUCAAAAUCAAUCCAAAAAAAUAGGUCCCACAAACUGUCAGAAUCGAUUGAUGAUGAAAAUUCUGGAGCAAAAACUAAUAUUGAAAAUAUUUUAAUACCACAAGUAAAUAUUGAGGAUGGGAUUUCAACAACGCUGAAUAAAUCGGAAAUUACUGUUCCACCAUCAAUGCCUCAAGCUCCACCUAUUACCGAAUCGGUAGCCCCUCCAAUAGUUGGAGAAGAAGAACUUACGGGAUUGUUGUUAGCGACCAAUGGAUGGGACGAAUGUCAACUAGAAAUGCUGGAUUCAAUAUUGGACUCGUUGUAGACUAUGUUUUAUUUAUACAACUUUUGAAGCAAUACUGGGAAAUUAUAUUGGUUUGCUCAAGAUUGGCUCAAAAGUGUUUAAGCUCAAAAUUUUGUGAAUUGAAAAUUUGUAAUAAAGAAUAAUAUUGGAUUUUAAUGGAUAUUUAACCUGAAUAUACGAAAUGCUCAUUAUGAAGCUCAAACCAAAAAUUCCGUCCAAGAAUUUUAAGAGGUGCACUUUUAUAUUUCUUUCAAAAUUUAUGUCUAUUGUAAAGGUUAGAAAAAUAGACCUAUAUCAACUUCCGUCCAAACUAAAUUUAAGUACAUAUUAUAUUUAUAUAAGUAUUAAAUAUGUUAUUGUGAAUAUAAAUUAGUAUGUUAGUCUCAGGAGGAUGGGAUAUUCUAAAUACAGUGUCAUAAAUAUUAUCCCAUUGACAAUUUUUUGUAUAUAGUUUUAUAAUAGAUGUUCUUAUGAUAUAAAAUAUCAUUUGAAUAAUUUUCUAGUCCUUAAUAUAAUUUUUCAAUUAGUUGGUACUUUCAUAAUAGUUUGCUCAAAU